UAGAAGUUCAUCUAGAAUCUACUUCAAUUUAAAUUCCUUCUCUAAAAUGAUUAGAUCCUGUGAAACUUAUGAAUAGAAUAUCAUCAAACAUUAUUAAAGCAUAUUAUCAAUCUUUGAAUUGUCAAAAUACACGAUUAACGGUCUCUCACGAUACGAAGCGUAUCAAUCAGCAUCGCGAAAAAAAGCAUUAUUUGCUAUGAAUAAAGUAGAAGUAUGUGUGACUGAAGGGAAAUUAAUCGGCAUCGUAGAGGAAAGUAUUCAUGGCGAUCAUUUUAUUGCUUUCCGUGGAAUACCAUAUGCUAAACCUCCGGUGGGUGAACUCAGAUUUAAAGAUCCAGUACCACCUGAACCAUGGUCCGGCAACCGAGAUGCUUCAAAGUACGGAAAAAUCGCUGUUCAGGUGGAUAUUUUUACGCAAGAAGUCAUAGGCGAUGAAGAUUGUCUCUAUUUGAACGUAUUCACUACGGAUACGAAGCCUUUAAAGAAACGAGCUGUAAUGGUGUGGAUACAUGGUGGUGGCUUUUUCAUGGGCUCUGGAAAUGCAUCUUUCUAUGGUCCCGAUCAUAUUAUUCGAAAGGACGUGGUACUCGUUACUCUGAAUUAUAGAUUAGGUGUUUUAGGUUUCCUCAAUCUAUAUCAUAGAAUGGCAACAGGAAAUCAGGGUUUAAAAGAUGUAGUUAUGGCAUUACAAUGGAUUAAAAGAAAUAUAUCGCAAUUUAGUGGAGAUCCUGAUAACGUCACAAUUUUUGGUGAAAGUGCGGGUGGAGAUAUUGUUCAUUGUCUGACUAUUUCGCCGUUAGCUAAAGGUUUAUUUCAUAAAGCAAUAAGUCAAAGCGGCGUCAUGACUAAUCCUUGGGGUAUCACUGAACGAGACACUUGUAUCAAUAAUGGUCUGCGGAUAGCCGAGAAACUUGGCAAAGCAACUUCAGAUACGAAAGUCGCCUAUAAAUUUUUGAAAGAGAUAGACGCGAGAAAGUUAAGAAAAGCAGAAAUAGAGCUUUUUUUGACAAAAGCUAGACGAUUAAAUCUUUCGAUUGCGUUUACUCCGACUGUGGAUUCCGAGUCAUCAAAUCCUUUCUUCCCGAUAGAACCAUUGAAAUUAUUACAUAAUGGAAUUAAAAUGCCAGUUAUAUUCGGAUACAACUCUUCCGAAGGCAAUUUCUUCUUGCGAGGAAAAUUUUUCGGCGAUAUAAGCGAAGAAACUCUAAAAGAAAUAGAUUCUGAUUUCAAGAAAGUUAUACAUCCUAAAAUUUUACGUCAAUUACCAGAGAUACCAAUCACAAUAUCAGAGUUACGAGCAUUAUACUUUGGUGAUAAAGCAGUGUCAGAGGAAACUAUAAUGAAUUACUCUGAUUUUCUUGGCGAUCAGUGUUUCUACAAAGGCAUUAUAGAAGCAAUUGAUAUUCAAAUGAGUUCUGGUGCUAACGAACCGAUCUAUUUAUACAAGUUUUCAUAUGAAAGUAAAACUUCUCCUAUGAAAAACAUAUUAAAUAUUCAACUUCCAGGUACGGCCCACUUCGAGGAAUUGGGUUAUUUAUUUUAUCCUUAUUUAAUGAAAGAUUUGGGCUUAUCACCAGCAGCACCUGAUUCGAAGGAUUACAAAAUAAUAAAUUGCUUAACACAAAUGUGGACAGAUUUUGCUAAAACGGGAAAUCCAACACCUGCUAAUAAAGAUUCGAUUUCAGUUAAAUGGACACCAUUAAUAAAUGGAAAUGCAUAUGAUUAUUUAAAUAUUAAUAUUAAACCUCAAAUGGAAACUCUUUAUAAAACAGAACAACGAUGGGAUUGGCAGAUGAGACGAAAAUUAUAAUAUUCCAUUAAAAUACGUGCAUUAAGAUUUCUUUUAAAGUUU